GCACCUGGUCAUGUGCAAGCGCUUGCUCCCAUCAAUUGAUCCAUCCAUAUCUUGGUGAGUAGUUUAGUUGUUCAGGACAAGUAGCGAGCCAUGGCCAAGGUUCUGGUUAGGGCCCCCGAUGUCACCGGGGCUGCUGGGCAUGGCAACGCACCAGCGAAAGGGGCUGCUGGCCGCGUCAAGGGACCGGCCAAAUCGAGUGGUGAUUUUGGGACCCCGGUGACUAUCACCUGUGAUCAGAAACCGGGUUAUGCCUUGUCCAUCAAGAAGAGCUCCAUUGUUCUUGCACAGAUUGACCCUUCGGACCCCAAGCAGAAAUGGGAUAAGGACGAUAGCUGGGGCGAUGGCUUUGCUAUUGUGAACACAGAUACCAACCAGGCUAUACAGCGCCCUCCUGAUGGUGCGGGCCAUCGGCUUCUUCUGGUGAAAUACGAUUCAGCAAAUCGGGAUGAUUCGGUGAUGUGGAAGCAGAAUAAUUCUAAAUCAAGCCCCAUCCGUGAGCACGACGACACUACUCUGGUCUUCGAUAGUACCAAACGCGGCGACGACACCGUGGUGAUUGUUGCCAAAGAAAGUAAUGACGCAACAAGCCAGAAAUGGACCAUCGUGAACAAGUAACUGUGGAGCCCAUCAUGACGUAAAGAGCGCACUGCAUCGCUCUAUCGAAGCACAUAAAUACAUAUGUAUAUAUAGAAUAAAUAACUCGGCCAAUAAACUUGCGCUUUGAUCCUCCUUAUGCACGUAUAUACAUGGAGGCCACAGAUGCAAGCGUGGGGAAACGGCGUGACAUACGAGAGUUCCUUUCUUGUGCAAUACGAUACGUCUGUACUUAUAAGUGUUUGUGAUCAAUAAAGUGCUUAUCAGCGAUGCGGUGUUAUGAUA